AUGUCGGACUUACGCUAUCCUACCGUAUCACCGGCAAUGGUAGGGGACAUCAUGAAUGAAGUCAUAGUUCUAUAUCUUGAUGAUUUCAAUGAUCUAGUCAAAGUAAUUGUAGGCAAGGAUGAAGAGGAAUUAAGACCUCAGUUUGCAUCCAAAGUCUUGGCGUUGAAUUCAAAAUAUUUCCGCUUAACAAUCAAAAAUUAUUCAUUCCUACAGAAUGCCAUGAGCAAACCUCUUAUUAUCAAUCUCUGCGAACAAAACAUCGGAGCAUUGGAAGCUUUUUUUGUCUGGAAUACAACUGGCGAGAUUCUUUCCUCGGAGUCACUUUCUCCUGUCACCGCGGAGCCUGAUACAGCUGCAAUAACGACAGAGAAGCUUGAUAAAUACGUCCAUUUUUGGGAUCGGCUUUUGGAAUGUUACUUCUUGGCAGAUUUCCUGGGUGCUCCGGCCUUUGCUAAUGCCACCAUAGAUGCAUUACUCGAAGCCAUCGAUAAUGAGACAAAAGAUCGAGAAAAACUGGAACCAAAGUUUAAAGUCUCCGCGCCCCAUUUGGAAGUCGAAAAUCUCGAAGAUAAUCAGAAUCAUUUCGAUGGUGACGAAGAUGAAAAUGAUGAUGAGGAAGAUCGAUGGGAAGCAGGUGAACAUCGAGACCCCUUUGACAAGAAUCUGCCUCGACAAGAGACUAGACAGAUGCUUGGUACUUUGCCUUACCAAAUCCGACGAAUUUACUCCAUGACUACAGCAGAUUCGCUUCUUCGGAAGAUGCUUGUAGAUAAAAUCAUGAAACAGAGCACGGAUAAUCAUCCCUACUACGAAAAUCUGGACGGCUUGCUCAGGGAGGGUAUUCCAGUAGAAUUUCAUCAAGAUUUGAUGAAUGAAAUGAUGCGGAGCUUCACUAUAGUCCAUCAACUUAGCCAAGGCACCUACACUACACGUUUAAGCGCAGAUUCUCGAGCUGCACGAAGGUGCUAUUACCACAUUCAUAGAGUCGGGGAGAGGUGCCCCGAAUCCGAUUCUGGAUGGUGA